AUGUGGCCCGCAGCCACAGUCAGUGACCAAGGCGGCAGUACCGCCCCCAUGACUAGUAUAGCUACCCUGCCAAACUACAACUCGGAGAGAGCACUCGAUGCUAUCGAGCACGCCAACCCGAACAUCCCACCGGUGCCAGACACACCAAUCUCUCAAAUCAUAUUCGAUCCUGCACGCCAACCACCCUUGUUCGCCGGUACAAAUAUACCGGAGUCCCCCACUGCUAGCAUGUCCUCUACGCCCACCACCUCAAGGGCACUGGGCAAACAUAGAGCUGCUGAUGGUGAUGAUAGCCCAAGGAUCAUCAGCCACCCUCCUGAAUCCAUGAAAACUGGUGUGAGCGGCACAUCAGUUUCAUCGAAAUUGAUGAAAUUGCAGCGCCGCAGUGGCGUCUCUUUUCCAGAGGCAUUUGACCACAUGAGCACUGAAAUUCACGGUCUUAGGUCAGCCUUUAACAGUGUGACAAGCGCAAUGCAAGAACGCACCUCACACAUGCAAGAACGCAUGACACAUGUCAUUGCUCACACAGUGGAUCCUAUCCCGGUACGCAAGCAAAGGGCAAUCAUGCGUGUGCAGCAGGAGGAGGGUCUGACUGAUUUGGAGAUGGUAGCGGCUAUGACGCACAUUCAAAGUGAUGUUGUGAUUGCUGAUACGUACCUUUCCAUUCAGAAGGAUGAGCUCCGGAAGUUGUUCUUAUCGCAGUACUUCAAUUAG